UGCAGCUUCUUCAAUUAGUAUCAAAUGUGAGGAAGGGCAGGAGAUCUAUUACGGUGGGCUUGUUCACAUGAAAGAAGAAUGCGAGAAAUUUGUUCCAGGUGAAGGUGAACUCGGUAACAUGAAGCAAGAAGAACAACUCAUCCCAGAGGAAGUUUGUACGGUUGUUAUCAAAGAAGAGGAAGGCCCAAGCAUCUGUUAUGAUGGUCUUGUUCACGUGAAACAGGAAAGUGAGAUACUAGUCCCAGAUCAAGGUAUAAGCAACUGGAAUAUUUCUGCAAAAGAAGAAAUGGUCAUUGAAACUGGAUCUACUUGUUCAAGUGAUUAUAAAUCUGUUUCACCUCAAGAUUUGAAAGGAAAUGCAACAGCCUGUCACAUUGGUGAGAAGCCUUACAACUGUCCUCACUGUGAUUUUGAAUCUAUGCAAUCUGAAAAUUUGAAACAACAUAUAAUGUCUAAUCAUGCUGGUGAAAAGCCUUACCACUGUCCUCAUUGUGAUUAUAAAUCAAUACAUUUUAUAAAUAUGAAAAACCAUAUUAUGGCCCGUCAUACUGGUGAGAAGCCUAAUCAAUGUUCUUAUUGUGACUACAAAUCUAUUACCCCCUAUGAAUUAAAAAGACAUAUAAUGGUUCGUCAUACAGGUGAGAAGCCUCAUGUUUGUUCCCACUGUAAUUUUAAAUCUGUUACACGCUAUGAGUUGAAAAGACACAUAAUAGCCCGUCAUACAGAUGAGAAACCUAAUCAAUGUCCUCACUGUGAUUAUAGCUCUCUUACACCUUCAUAUUUGAAGAGUCAUAUAAUGGCCCGUCAUACCGGUGAAAAGCCUCAUCAAUGUCCUCAUUGUGAUUUUAAAUCCGUUACACCUCGCGAUUUGAAAAAACAUGUAUUGGCCCGUCAUACGGAUGAUAAGCCCCAUCAAUGUUCUUAUUGUGAUUAUAAAUCUGUACUACCUGAGAGUUUGAAGGAUCAUAUAAUGGCCUGUCACACAGGUGAGAAGCCUCAUGUAUGUCCUCAUUGCGAUUAUAAAUCCGUUAAACUUCGGACUUUAAAAAAUCAUAUAAUGGCUAGUCAUACAGGCGAGAAGCCUCAUCAAUGUCCUUAUUGCGAUUAUAAAUCUGUUCAACAUCUGACUUUAAAAAAUCAUAUAAUGGCCCGUCACACAGGUGAUAAACCUCAUGUUUGUCCUCAUUGUGACUAUAAAGCAGUUAAACAUGAUACCUUGAAAAAUCAUAUAAUAGCUCAUCACACCGGUGAGAAGUGUCACCAAUGCCCUCACUGUGAUUAUAAAUCUGUUGUUCCCCGAUAUUUAAAAAAUCAUUUGAUGGCCUGUCAUUCUGGUGAGAAGCCUCAUCAAUGUCCUCAUUGUGAUUUUAAAUCUGUUACCCCUCGCGAUUUGAAAAAACAUGUAAUGGCCCGUCAUACUGGCGAAAAGCCUUAUCAUUGUCCCCACUGCGAUUUUAAAUCUGUUACACCUACAUGUUUGAAACAUCAUAUAAUGGCCCGUCAUACUGGUGAGAAGCCCUAUGAAUGUCCUCACUGUGAUUAUAGAUCAGUGCAAUCUGCACAUAUGAAAAGACAUAUUAUGGCCUGUCAUGAGAAGACUCAUGAUGUAAGUUAUAAUUCAGGAAUUGAAACUGUUAAUACAGAUCAGUCUUAA